UCUUUGGUCUGGUUUAUCAGGCACCAGCAUAAAAUUUAGUAAACAAUAAGCAUUAGAUUUAGACCUUAAUAUUUUUAGCAAUGUACGAUAACGAAUCUUUUCAUGUUUUUCGUGAUGAUAACGCGUCAGCAAAAGUAAAGGAAAAAAUCAAUCGUUCAAACCUACCCCGGAAAGCAAGGAAUUUCAGCAAGGAACAACUUCAGCUUGCUCUACGGAAGAAAAAAGAAUGCAAUGUUAGAGCUCAGGCUAUCGUCGAAGCUUUACUGGAGCCGAUAGAAGAUUCUGAAUGGUUCUUGGUUAAGCUGCGAGACAUCAAUCAGUGCCACUACGAGGAUGUUAUUGAAGAAAGAGCUAUUCAACGAAUGUGCGGCUAUCCGCUGUGUAGUAAACAGCUUACCAACGUGCCCAAACAAAAAUACGUGAUUUCUCUGUCCAACAAGAAGGUUUACGACAUAACGGAAAGGAAAAACUUUUGCACUGGAGAAUGCUACAAGGCCUCCAAUUAUGUCAAAAGCCAGAUGCUAACAAGUCCUCUGUGGCUACGGGAUCAGGAGGAUAUUCCCAAUUUUAAACUACUCCCAGGUACACCACCUAAAGAGCCUGAUGGUAGGAUGGUAACCAUUUCUUCACCGUUGACAUCCGCUCAACCAUCAACCGGUGACGAUGAUCUACGCAUUGUCGAAAAUCCAGUUAACGACAUUGUUGCAAGUACAAGCUUUACAGACAGCUGCCUUCGAGGAAGCAUAAGAGACGGCAAAGAGAUAACAUUUAAGGUUGCACACGAAACGACAAGUUCCAGUUGUAGUGAUAAUGAGCUGUGUAAAGAGAUGAAGAAAAUGACCGUUGAAUGAUAUAAGCUAUAUAUGAAAUAAAUACUUAAUACGAUAUGAGGUUGUAAA